CUCCACUGUCAUGGCGUCUUACUAGUAAUUGUCUUUCUUCUUGGAAAGCCAACGCCCAAAACCACAAACGUUUCUCACAAUGUUGGUAGCUUAUUACAACGGUUAGCUUUCUAUGCUGUUUCAGUGAAAAUGUUUAUAUUCUGAAAGUGAUACAACCUUCAGAAUGCGAAAAUGCGGGAUAACUCUUCAGUUGAUGGCAAGAAGCUGAUCAAUAGCGGUGUCCCCUUAACACUAACCGUAGUUGUAUUGUUAUAUGUUUUGGGGUAUUCUCUUGUUAAAGGAAACGCCGAAUUCUCAAAAGCGAAUGCUGAUCUACAGGCCACAUCCCUUUGCCCAGCUACAUGCACAUGUACAGAGCAAAAGCUAAAACUAUCGGGAGGUGGUGUUGAGCAGGACCUCAGUCCAAAUAAUCGUGAAGAAGCUGCAGAUAAUCUCAAUGUACAUAGCAAGACAAAACCUGAAAUUCUUAAAAGUGGAAUUAAACUACAGUGCCAGAAUCCUGCCUUCAUAGUGUCUGUGAAAAAGUUAAACCUACAAGCGCUGCUGGUGGAAAACAUUGUUCAAUAUGAUCUUUCGGGUAACAGCCUUACUAGAUUAUCAGGGAAAGACUUUGCAAGUGGCAGCUACCUAAUGCUUCAGAAACUCAUUCUCAAGAACAACCAGAUUGAGGAAAUAGCAGCUGAUACCUUUUCUACAUUGAAGAAUCUCAAAUACCUAGACCUGAGCAAUAACUUUUUGACAAAUUUUUCUAGUGCAAUAAUUGAAGAUUUAAAGAGCUUAGACAGAGUGAAACUAAAUGGAAACCCUCUUAAAUGUGACUGUCGCCUCAGCACACUUAUCACUUAUGUGUCGUCACGCAACAUCAGGCUCCAAGGAACAUGCUCAGAACCAACUCGACUGAAAGAUCGUUCAUUGGCCAGACUUGUUGUCGAAGAACUAGCUUGCCCUCCUGAAGAUCCAGUUGGCGUUGAAAUCCGACCGAAUACGAACCAAUUGGUCUUCGAAGGUGAUCCAUUGAAACUGACGUGUAAGUUUAAGGCUGGCCGAGCUGUUGUGCCCAGCUGGCUCCAUCGAAAUGCCAAUAACCAAACAGCAACGGUUUCGCCUGGUGGAGCUGUAGAAUUAAGUGCCAGUAGCCGUGGAACGGAACAGGGAACAGAAACCGAAAGUCAGCUCCUCAUCCGCCAUCUACUUCCCCGGCAUGGUGGUACUUGGUCUUGUUCCUGGGGUGGAAGAACAGCAUCAGUUGAAGUAACAGUCUUGUCCCUCACAACACCUACUUGUUCCACCCAGGUCACCGCUUCCAACAAAGGCCGUUACAGCUGGCAACGCACCAUGGCCAACCUUAAGAUCGCCUUGCCAUGUCAAGCCAAUCCAAAUUUACAGGCUUUCAGAUUGUGCGGAGCACUUGGAAACUGGGAAGAGCCAGAUUUGAAUUCUUGCUUCUACCUUAGCGAAGUGACAAAGGUGCUUGAACAGUUUGCCAAAACAAAUUUAACCUUCAGUAAAACUUCGGCGUUGGAGAGUGCUCGCAGGUUAAAAUCCUACUUAACAGACGUUAUGAGUUUGACAGAUCCGCAUGAAGCCAUCUUCGUCACGCAAACGCUCCACAACUAUCUGGAGGCUAGCACGAAACACACAGAAUUGUUACCGAUAAUUAUGGAUAUCUAUUCAAUCUUGAUUACUCAAGAUCCGCAGCUGUUGGCUGACUCGCGUCAUGGUCUUGUUAUGAUUAUCCAACAGGCACCGUUGAAGUCGUCUGAAUUUCAAUACCGAUCUUCAAGUUUAGUAAUUGAAAAGUGUGGAAUCAUAGGGAAAUCUCUCAGUGCCGGCACUUGUACAUGGAAACGAACGCCUGAAAUCGCCGGCAGUAAAUCAGAUUCGCUAAAAGCCAAAAAUCGGAGCCGUUAUCAAGCCAGUUGCGGACAAAAUACCACUGGCCCAGGAACGAUAGAAGCUUCAGUUCGGAUUCCGUUGAUACCAGAAGGAGCAUUUUCCGAACAGAGCGUCAUUCUUUCUUUAGUACUCAGCACAAACGCAUUCGUCAGCGCAAAAAUGAAACCACUUGCAACACCAGUAUUGGGGAUUACCUCUGGUCCUGUCAGCAAUCUAAUCAACCGCACAACACCCUUCGUCAUGACGAUACGACUUAGUCGGGCCAUUGGAGCAUCGGACCGUUUAGUCGGAGCUAGAUGGAAUCACUACACGGACCAGUGGAGCCCAGAGCAAUGUCAAACGUUGAAGUCCUCAGGAAUGCUCUCAGAAGGAGACUCGGUAACGUUCCAGUGCUGCUGUGGAUUCGGCUUCUUUGCUGCAUUUACCACGCAGGACGAUGAAAAUGAACAAAAUAUGGUGGAACAGGUGACAACGAGGAGUGGUACGAGCAAUACAGCUGGUGGCGCAUUCUAUCCUGGACAACUGCAUCUCCUACCAUCCCCAGUCUACGUUGGGAGUGUCAUUGGACUACUGUGCCAUCUGACAGCCUGUCUUUGCUAUCUUAUUCAUCGAAGGCAACUAAAGAUGACCCAGCCGACUAGGCAUUCCUUAAUUAACACCUGGAUAUCAGUGUCGUUGUUAAUCAUUGCUUUCACUUUGGGCGUCCGUCCAGUCCUUGGAAAACUACCUUGUCAAAUGGCUGGUCUGUUGCUCCACUAUUUGACUCUAAGCUCUCUCCUGUGGAUGGUCGUGAAUGCCUCGAGCCUGUACAAGCACAUAACAAAAUCGUCCCGAUCCGACCCCGAAACAGACUCGUCGCUCAUGGAGGAGGCCAUGGCCAUGGGCCAUGAUUCACCACCUAAACCUGCUUUACGGUUCUACUUAAUUGGAUGGGGAAUCCCACUUAUUGUCGUGGGAAUCGCUGGUGCUAUCCAUCUAGAGCAAUAUUAUGGCUCAAAGAUAUGUUUCUUGGCAUGGACUCCAAGUUUGGGGGCAGUAGGACUUCCUUCCGCUAUUUUGAUAUUGCUUAUCCUGACUUUCCAUCUCUUGACCUGGUGCUUCCUGAGACAUACCUCUCGUCUAGCAGCUAUUCAUCAAAAACAGUUGGCGGCACAAAUUGCGACCGUAGAGCCUAAUGAAAUGGCAUCAACCACUGCCGCAGAGUCGGAAGCAAAUAAAGAUUUGGGUAUGUGUGGGCGGAUACCGAAAGAGAAGAAGACCUGUGGACUUCAAGGAGGUUACGUUCCAUUGGCAGUUGAUGGUGACGUUACCAGCUGUCCUUCUAAUGUAACUAAUCAAGUAACGGAAACGAGUGAUUUAGCUUCGUUGUCGAGUGAUCAUGAGCGAAUCGCUCUGUUGAUCCAACGUGGCGAGGCGGAAGGGGCCAUGUCAGCCAACGGAAGCAUAGCUCUUCAUUCCGGCCGAAGUGAAAGCGAGCGUCCUCUGCUAAUCGUUACUUCAUCAGCUGCAUCAAGCAGUGACGAUCGGUUGGAGGAUGGCGCAAAAACUGAUGUUGACGAACAAGGCCACAGCAAUCCGCUCAUGGCUUCUUUUACUGAUGAUGGUGACAGUAAGAAACGAGAAUGUGCCAUGAGCGUCGCACCUUCUAUGCUUGAAACCGGAGAAAACGCUGCUUUUCACUUACCUGUUCAACCUAGUAUUACCACGCCAACCACGGAAGAUGCAGAUGAAAAGAGCACGUUGAGUCAGCUGCGCGGACAGUUCGUUUUCCUUGUUCUCUUCUGUCUUACAUGGCUCUCGGGGUUGUGUAUUGUGGGUCGUCCUCUCCGUGGUGUUCUGCCCCACUACGACGAGCUUGUCUCUAGCUUAUGCUACGCCUUUUUCAGUGCAGCCACUGGACUGCACGCUGUGCUUUUUCACCUCCUAACUAGGAAAGAUGUUUGCGCUUCCUGCUUUGAGCCGCAUAUAAAGGAUAAUUUAGAAUCUAUAGUAACAGCUCCGGCCCCUGGCACCAACAGUCAUACAGAUCUAUCCUCCCAUCAUCAUCAUCAGCAGCAUCACCAACAGCAACAACAUCAGCGGCAUCAUCAUAAUCAUAAUCCACCACAGGUGGUUCAUCCACCUGAGCCUUACGCAGCUCCAUCGCGUCAUCCCGAAGUUUCAGAAGAGGCAGAUCGUGGAACGGAAAGAGCAACGUUGGGACACGCCCACAUUAUCGAUCCAGCACUUGCGGAAGCUAUGAAUGUCACGAUCAUGGACCCUUCCAUGGUGGUAAAUUCAUUUUACGAUCCUCGUCAGAGCAAGACAGCUCGUCGAUUUUUCCAGAAACAAAAAUUGCUCCAACAGAUGCAAAACAAUCAACUUAAUCGGCAUCAUCAUCACCACCACCAUCAUCGACAUUCACGACAUUCGUCUGGCCAUUCGAUCAACAACGCCCAUUCUUACCGAUCCCAUUCAUCACAUUCACCUAUUACGGAAGAAGCUUUGCUGAACGCCAGCACUUCGACCAAGGCUAAAGUAAGCAAUGUAAACAUUCACGUCGAGAUGGGCGCUUAUGAUUGGCACGAGCUCCAGUCUCGACUAUCAGACAAUUCCUGGGGUAAAAGUGGAAAACAUAUGCUACCGCAAACGAAAAUGGAGAACGGAGCCUCGUAUAAGCCUUCCAGGACGGAAGCAUCUCUUCACGAUGAGGCAGAUGUCAACGGCAGGGAAGAACAAUUCGAAUCUCAACCUACUACAAAUAGCCGAUCGACCUUGAAGACAGACAAAACAAAGAGAAAACGACACGUCAUUUAUCAUCAGCGGAUCCCCAAAAAAUCUAAAUUUGAGGAACAAAUGGUCGUAAUGGCAGAAAUGGGAACUCAAAUAGAAGGUGAGGCGACAGCAGAACCACAAGAAGCCAUAGCUCGACAAAGUCCUUCCGCUGAAAAACCCGUUUACGUAUUUGUUGACACCGAGUAUCGCGAACGCUCUACUGCCCAUGACGGAUCAAACGACGAAGCCAUGAAGACUCUUACUUCGACCAAGAACAAUAAAAUUACAGAUGAAUCUAUGGACGAAGGCGCCUAUCUAAAAAGAGAAACGAGCGUCUGAUGUUUAAUAUUAUUAUUUUUUUUUUAUUUCGAUUUUUUUUUAUUUAUUAUUAUUAUUUUUUUCUCAUUACGUUCGACUGUUACUCCGUUUGGUUCUACGCUGUAUAUAUAACCAACAGUAUUGUCCUUUUUGACGCUUUACCUCUUAACCUUUUUGCCCAUCGAACUUUUAUAUUUAAUAAAACCGACGGAAAUUCUUUUUAA